CCGCAGGCGGGGGAGCCGGGUUUCGGAGGAGAAUCGGAAAGCGGAGGGUAGCCGAGGGGGGCGGGUGCUCAGGCAGCCGUCCGCUCCGCCCGAAUCGCGGAGGAGCCGAGCCCGGGCCCGCCGCCCUCCUCCUCCAUGAGGCCCGAGUGAGGCGCAGCGGCGAGAGCCGGCCCGCGGCGCCUCCUCCUGCGUCCUGCCCCGGAGCGCAGCGGCCGCGGCCCCCGGAGGUGGAGGAGGAGGAGGAGCAUGUCGGACGGUUUCGAUCGGGCCCCAGGUGCUGGUCGGGGCCGGAGCCGGGGCCUGGGCCGCGGAGGGGGCGGGCCUGAGGGCGGCGGUUUCCCGAACGGAGCGGGGCCUGCAGAGCGGCCGCGGCAGCAGCAGCCGCCACCGCAGCCCAAAGCCCCGGGCUUCCAGCAGCCGCCGCCGCUGCGCCAGCCCAGGACGGCCCCGCCGCCAGGGGCCCAGUGCGAGGCCCUCGCCGGCUCCCAGCGGCCUCCCCGGCCCGGGGCGCUCCCAGAACAAACGAGGCCCCUGAGAGCGCCACCUACUUCACAGGACAAAAUCCCACAGCAGAACUCGGAGUCAGCAAUGGCGAAGCCCCAGGUGGUUGUAGCUCCUGUACUAAUGUCUAAGCUGUCGGCAAAUGCCCCUGAAUUUUACCCAUCAGGUUAUUCUAAUUAUACAGAAUCCUAUGAAGAUGGUUGUGAGGAUUAUCCCACUCUAUCAGAGUAUGUUCAGGAUUUUUUGAAUCAUCUCACCGAACAGCCUGGCAGUUUCGAAACUGAAAUUGAACAGUUUGCAGAGACCCUGAAUGGUUGGGUUACAACAGAUGAUGCUUUGCAAGAACUUGUGGAACUUAUCUAUCAACAGGCUACGUCUAUCCCAAAUUUCUCUUACAUGGGAGCUCGCCUGUGUAAUUACUUGUCCCAUCAUCUGACGAUUAGCCCACAGAGUGGCAACUUUCGUCAAUUGCUACUUCAAAGGUGUCGGACUGAAUAUGAAGUUAAAGAUCAAGCUGCAAAAGGUGAUGAAGUGACUCGAAAACGAUUUCAUGCGUUUGUACUCUUCCUGGGAGAACUUUACCUUAACCUGGAGAUCAAGGGAACAAAUGGACAGGUUAUGAGAGCAGAUAUUCUUCAGGUUGGUCUUCGCGAGUUGCUCAAUGCCCUCUUUUCUAAUCCUGUGGAUGACAACUUAAUUUGUGCUGUAAAAUUACUGAAGUUGACGGGGUCAGUUUUGGAAGAUGCCUGGAAGGAAAAAGGAAAGACUGAUAUGGAAGAAAUUAUUCAGAGAAUUGAAAAUGUUGUCCUAGAUGCUAACUGCAGCAGAGAUGUAAAGCAGAUGCUCUUGAAGCUUGUAGAACUCCGGUCAAGCAACUGGGGUAGAGUCCACGCAACUUCUACAUACAGAGAAGCAACACCUGAGAAUGAUCCGAACUACUUUAUGAAUGAACCAACAUUUUAUACAUCUGAUGGUGUUCCUUUCACUGCAGCUGAUCCAGAUUACCAAGAGAAAUAUCAAGAAUUACUUGAAAGAGAAGAUUUUUUCCCAGAUUAUGAAGAAAAUGGAACAGAUUUAUCCGGGGCUGGUGAUCCGUAAGUUCUCUUUUGAAAGAUACUUGGAUGAUAUUGAUGAUGAGAUGGACCCAGAGAUAGAAGAAGCUUAUGAAAAGUUUUGUUUGGAAUCAGAGCGUAAGAGAAAGCAAUAAAGUUAAAUUUCAGCGUAUCAGUUUUAUAAAACAGUUUAGGUAUGGUGAUUUAGCAGAACACAGGAAACCAAGAAGAUUUGUCACUCUUAUACCAAAUUAAGGAUGUUGAGUUACGUUACUAAUGUAUGCAACUUUAAUUUUGUUUAACACUAUCUGCCAAAAUAAACUUUAUUCCCUAUAACUUAAAAUGUGUAUAUAUAUAAAAUAGAUUAUUAUGUACAGUUAAUUCUACUGUUUUGGCUGCAAUAAAAUCGAUUUUGAAAUAAAUAAAUGUUGAAAGUAAAUUUUGCUAGCUGAUAAGACACCUUAAAUCCUACUUUUUCUUGAGGGGAAAAAGUCUUAGCCUUGGAAAUACAUACUGCAAAAAUGUAGCAUUUUUUUUAUACAGGUAUUAUAGCUUACUUUAGUUUAGUAUAUCAGUGAAUUGAGUUCCCAGUAUGAACCAGGAUCAUGAAAAUCUUUAGCAUUAAAGUCUUAGAGAAUAUCAUUGACAACUGAUUGACAAUGUAAAUGCUGUUGGAUACCAAGGGCUUUCAAAAUGUCAUUUAAAAAAAAAAUAGAAAAGUUUAGAGAACUCUUAGCUCAACAAUCAAGACUCUUCACUGAAGAUUUAUUUCAGUUCCAGAAUUGUCUUUUUUUUUCCCCCUAAGUUCAUUACCCUAAGGCCUAGAACAUUAUUCUGCUUUAUCUCUGUGGCUUUCUCACUUUCAUUUUGUAGCAUGGGUUGCAUAGACUUUUUUACUAGGGAAUUAUGAGAUUUGUCAUUCAAGUUUUCAUCUGCUUUAUAAUUGAUACACACUGAAGAUCAAUUUUCUAAUACAUUUUACUAUAAUGUGGUACCACCUCAGCCCUAUUUGUUUACCUAAUGUCAAAUCUUUUUCCGACUAACUAAAAUUUAUGUACAAAAGAUUGCUUGUAAAUAUGCAUGUAAAUAGUUCUAUUAAUAACCCACUGUUUUACAUUUGGUACAUCUAUGUCUGUUAAUACAGUUAGCUUUCUCACUUUUCUGCUUGUUUGUUCAGUCUGAAUUAAAAUUAGACUUUGAAAUAAAACUUAAAUAGUUUUGUUUCCUCUAAA